GUACCAGGCUAACGGGAUAGAUCGGGAUCGUGAUGCGACAUCUAAAAUAAAUUUCUACUUUCAGUUUGACGCUUCAUCGAAGAUGUAUGAUGAAGAUCGUCUCAACUCCAACUGUUUUCCAAAUAAUGAUGUGGAUUAUCAUAAUCCUAGAUGUAGAGGGUGAUGUACAGAACAAAUUGCAUCGUUAUGAAGUCCUAAGACUGGAUGACAUUUUGUUGGUGGGACAAAAAGAUAUCAGACUAUCAAUUCUAGACAGUUACCAUUUUAUGCAGUUUAAAGCAUUUCAGAGGAAUUUUGAUAUUGAGCUGAGAAAAUCCAGUGUGGUCACUCCAUCACUGGAGACUGUGAUUGUGGAUAGAAAAGGAUCGGAGAGGAAGAGCUUGCUACAGCACACACACUACUACACAGGUACACUGACAGAUGAUCCCCGGUCGAGUUGUACAGUGUCUGUAGACCCCGGUGGUAUUCUAGCUCACAUUUCUACUGGUGGAGAGGAAUUCAUUAUAGAGCCAGCAUGGCGACACAGUCAUGUGUAUUUAAAUUCCACAGACAUGAUGGUGUACAGGAAGUCUGAUGUCAAGAAUCAAUCCAAUAAUCACACAAUAGAGUGUGAAGAAAGCCAUCAUUUGAGACAUGAGAACUAUUCUAAGAUGAAGCAUCACCUGAUAGAUAAUGUGAGCUCAUAUCGAUUUCGUCGAAGCCUUGGUCUUGGUAAUCGGAAUGUUUGUCGGAUUUUACUGGUGGCUGAUCACUACUUCCACGACGGAAUUGGUGGAGGUUCCAUUCCAAGCACCCAGAAUUACAUGAUAAAUAUGAUCAGUCAGGUGGAUGAGAUAUUUAAGACGACAAGGUGGGAUAAAGAAACCACUGGUCUAGGACUAGAAAUAAGCAGGCUGAUUGUUCAUGAGAGUUCUUCAGACAAUGGAUUCAACAUGAAAAAUCGCCAAAUGCCAAUGGAAACAUUGCUUUAUGACUUUGGGAGGGCUUACUACAGCCAGAACAGCCAGUACUGUCUGAUGCACCUCCUUACCUUCACUGCUUUCGAUGGCAAACUUGGUCUCGCCUUUGUGGCCUCCAGCCGGCCAUUUGACUGGGGAGGAAUGUGUUCUAAUGCCGACACCUGGAAAAAAGAGGCGCUCAAUACUGGGGUGUCAACUUUCAUGGACCCACAAGGGAACAGGCAGUUAGCUGUUGUUUCCAUGUCAACAGUUGCCCAUGAAAUCGGUCACAAUUGGGGGAGCAACCAUGACCCUGACACGGAUGAUUGUUCUCCAUCUUCAACGUCAGGGGGACAAUAUCUGAUGUUUUCCAAGGCACUAAAGGGCGUGGCAAACAAUAAUCUGAAAUUUUCCCCCUGCAGUAGACGAGCUAUAUACAGUGUGCUGUUAGCCAAGGGAAGCAAAUGUUUGACAGAACCCAGGGAAGGCAUCGGAUUGUGUGGAAAUGGUCGUAUAGAUGUGGGAGAAGCUUGUGACCCAGGAACUUUCUCAGAUGGGUGUUGCAGCAGGUCAUGUCAGUUAGCGGCUAAUGCAGUGUGCAGUCCUGUGAAUUAUGCAUGUUGUACAAACAAUUGUCAACUGGCCAACAACAAUACCGAAUGUCACCUGGCACUGACCGAUGACAGCAGCUGUCUAGGAAUCAGUCACUGCAAUGGAGUCGACUUUAUUUGUCCAAAUCCUCCCCCCAAGAGCAAUGUGUCAUGCAUUGAUGGAGGAACCUGUCAGAAUGGCGUGUGUGUGGGGUUCUGUAAAGUUCGUGGACAGCUGCCAUGUAUAUGCAGUGACCAAUCGGGAAAUUCCUGUAAACAAUGCUGUAAGGCGUCAGAAAACUCGGAGUGUGCGCCGUAUCCUGGAGCACCACUCCUUACUGAUGGACAGAUCUGUGUCCAUGGCUUCUGUAAAAAAGGUGUUUGUGUGAAGUCAUCGUUACCAGAGGAGAGACUUUGGAAAGUCAUUUUACAACAGAUAACAAACUCUUUUGAGAUUUUCAUGCGAGACAACAUUGUGCUGUUUGUUACGUUGUUCUCACUCGUGGUUUACAUUCCGGCAGCCAUUUUAGUGUACAGACAUGACAAAAGAGAGGAUGAGGCUGAUGACGUAGUCAGAAAAAAGAUGAGAAAAAAGAGAAAUGAUGUUCGUCUGGAUCUGUCUGGCAGAGUCAAGGAAGCGGACAUUAUCCGUGAAGUCCUAAAUCCAAUUAGUGUGGCAGACUUACGGAGGAGAAGAAUCUCAAAACCCCCUCAGCAUUUAUCGUCCAUGGAAUUCACUCGGCCUUCCCAUCAUUCUCCACUUUCCGGGCAGCCCAGUCAGCCAUAUGAUAGAACACUAGACCCACAGUCUGUGAUAUUUUUGCCAUAUGACUAUAGUAAUAUUCCAGAAUCGUCCCUGUAAUCACUUCAUAAUGUUCCGUGAUCUCCCCGAGAAAUAAACCAGGUUUUAUUGUUGUAUAAAAUGUACAAAACAGGAUUUUAUUCAUAUGAUUUCAUUAUAUUGAUCAUUGAAAUCCACAUUUGUUGAACUCCAACAGUUACAUUCCAGAAAUAUUUUGCAGUAAUAUUUUGUUUUCUUAUCAGAUUUAUGGUUUUUAAAUUGUUAGAUCUAGUGAAAAAUCAAACAU